AUGGCUCAUCGAUCUGGUCGUCCAUCGAUGCUCAACGACGAAGAGAUCAACUGUGAAUGGCCUAAGCCUCAAGAGUUGACAACAAAAAUCAACAGCGUCUACUCUACUCCUUUGAUCAUGCUCGCUCAGCUUAUCUCUCAGGUGACAAGGAAAUUCUCGACAGUGCAAGCUUUCCAGCAAUCUCCCCAGGCCGUGGCCGCAAUAGUGGUGGACCUCGAUCGAAAAACAACGGCAUUUGAGGAAUAUAUUCGACCGCAUAUUGCUUUCGAGCAUCCGACGGAACCUCCUCGCGCGAGCUCCGGUCUGAGCAACCAACAAGCCAUCUACAUUCGGCUCCUGUACUUCAUCCUCGUCGUGGGUAUCUACUCUACCUUGACGAACCCAUCGUGUCGCACCGCUUUGAAUUUCAAGGACUCACCAGACGUGCAACUUCAAGUCGAAAAGUCGACAGAAAUCGUUGUCAAAGCUUCUCGGACUGCUAUUUUGACAGCCCACUACAUCCACGUCGAUGCUAACACUCCAAUUCUUCUAUCUUUCUUUGGGCCUCUGUGCGCGGAGAUCAACUUGUCGAUUCAUCACAUCUUUGAAGCCCCCGAGCGCUCUACCACUCAGUCAGACUUGGCUCUGCUGGACAUCGGCUCUGCUCACUUCUCUCGCGUGGAGUUUUCCACCGGACUGUCCUUCCCUUUCGCCAAAGACAUGGCAGCCUUGGCUCGCAAUUUCGUCCAGCGUGUCAAGAGCGCACCAACAUCCAAUGCCGGUGGAAAGAAUGUCGCUGGCGAGUUUAUGACUGGGCUAUUGGGCACUGCACUCUCAGGCGGAAACUCACAUCGCCAGGAUAAUUUCGGGGCAAUCUUCUCCCCGGUAAGGAUCCUCGGCGAUUAUUCGCAAAUUCCACAGCAAAUCCAUCUCUGA